AUGUCUAAACCUGUUGUAAAAGCUUCAGAUAUUUCAGAUGCUUUGAGAGAUGAGAUUCUGGAUAUUAGUGCUCAGGCUGUUGAGCAAUUGCAGUUAGAAAGAGAGAUUGCAGCAUAUAUUAAGAAAGAUUUAGAUGUUAAACAUGGACAUACAUGGCAUGUCAUUGCGGGGAAGAACUUUGGGAGUUACGUGACUCAUGAAAAAGGACACUUUAUCUACUUCUAUAUUGGUCCAUUGGCCUUUUUGGUGUUUAAGACUGCGUAA